GGGGCGGGGGAGGCGGAGCUCUGUGCUGCAACGUGCAAUCCCGGCCGCCUGCAUUCCGGGCCGGGUGGGGGCCGGGGGCUGGGCGCCGGGCUGAGGUCUGCCGGAGUCGGCGGGCUGCCUUCGAGUCAAGUCAGCGUCACCGUCGAACCUAAGUGAGGGGGCACGGGGAAGGGCCCAGGAGGGCUUGGGGGCGCUGGAGGGGGCUUCGCGGACGCGAGCUGGGGCCCCGCUCGCCAUGGGGGAGGUGGAGAUCUCGGCCCGGGCCUACGUGAAGAUGUGCCUGCACGCCGCCCGUUACCCGCACGCCGCUGUCAACGGGCUAUUGCUGGCGCCAGCGCCGCGGUCGAGAGAAUGCCUGUGCCUCACCGACUGUGUGCCCCUGUUCCACAGCCACCUGGCCCUGUCUGUCAUGCUGGAGGUCGCCCUCAACCAGGUGGAUGUGUGGGGCGCGCAGGCCGGGCUGGUAGUGGCAGGGUACUACCAUGCCAAUGCAGCUUUGGACGACCAGAGCCCUGGGCCCUUGGCCUUGAAAAUCGCUGGGCAGAUUGCAGAAUUCUUCCCUGAUGCAGUACUUAUUAUGUUGGAUAAUCAGAAAUUGGUGCCACAGCCUCACGUGCCCCCAGUUAUUGUCCUGGAGAGCCGUGGUCUCUGCUGGGUCCCCAAGGACAAGAACUUAGUGAUGUGGAGGGACUGGGAACAGUCACGGCAGAUGGUGGGAGCACUACUAGCAGGCCGGGCCCACCAGCACCUUGUGGACUUUGACUGCCACCUUGACGACAUCCGGGAGGAUUGGACCAACCAGCAGCUCAAUGCCCAAAUCACCCAGUGGGUUGGUCCCACAAAUGGAAAUACCUGAGCCAGGGCCAGAGGGGAGGCUCCGGAUCCAAUAAAGAGACUUGGGCUGUUGGGC